AUGCCAGAAUGUCUCCUUGAAGUUCGGCUGCCCUCUUCCAGCUCCCUUUUCUGCCGCACGGGUCCCGCCUCCACCACCACCGUUUUCAAAGUCCAGACAAAGGACUCAUGCACCCCGCUGCUUGGACAAAUGGACAGCUUCGUUACCACGUUCCCUGCGGUGCCUGUCACGCCUGUUACUAGGCGACUCUUCCCGCUUGGCAUGUCCAUGACAUCACCAUCGCCCAUUCGUCAUUACCGCCAACCCAGAUCUAGACCUGCGCUUCGUCCUCCGCUCGCCAUCUCACCUCGCAUCACAAUCAUCCUCUCAUCUAAGAAUACGACACACGCCAAGAUGUCAAGUGUAGCGACCACCUUCGCCGUUCGACAAGUUAACGCCGGCCGCUUGCCUCCUGGUUUCGAAAAGUGCGUCAACCGACAGGGCUUGAGGCUCCACCCGCAACUGUUUCGCAUGUCGUGCCGAUCCAUGCCUCUGCGCUUGCUUGCCCCUCGCCUAUUGAUGCGAUAUCUCAUUGUCCAUGCCCGUCAUCUCAGUGCCCCGUGCAGGACUCCCUUUCUUCGCCAAAACAGCAAACACUAUUGCAAAUCUCUGCAAGUCCGGAAAUUCGCAAAUCUGUCAAUCAUUUUUCUUUGGUCAUCUCAUAUCAAAGCCUUGUUCAUCCUCCUUAGACGGCUGCUAGAGGUGAACAACUGA